AUGUCGCUUUGCCAGAACCGUCUCACGGAGGAGAGAAAGCAGUGGCGUCGAGACCACCCUUUUGGCUUCUACGCAAAGCCGCAUCGGACUCCUCAAGGAACACUUGACCUCAAACGAUGGGAGUGCGGUAUCCCCGGCAAGGCGCAAACACUCUGGGAAGGUGGACUUUUCAAGCUUGACGUUACCUUUCCUGAUGAAUACCCCACUAAGCCGCCGAAGUGCAAAUUCGUGCCUCCGCUUUUCCACCCUAACGUCUAUCCCUCUGGCACCGUGUGUCUCUCGAUCUUGAACGAGGAGGAGGCGUGGAAGCCCGCAAUCACAAUCAAGCAGAUUCUCCUGGGUAUUCAGGACCUGCUAGACGACCCCAACCCGGAGUCACCAGCCCAGGCUGAGGCAUACAACCUGUUUAAGAAAGACCGCCCAGCGUACGAGAAGCGAGUUAAACAGGUCGUGAGGGAGAACCCGGCCCUUUAA